UCAGAAUUCUUUUUUUAUUUCCACUCGAAAAAUUGAAUUUGUUUUGGCAAAAGAAAAUAAUUACGUGGAUGCCGUCGUUGUCGUUGUGUCGGUUCAAUAAAUUGAUUUAAAUAUCACCAACUAGCCAAUAAAUAUAUAGAAAUUAUCUGUGAUAAUAUAAAAAAUGAUGGGUCUCCCAUUGCAAUCGACAUUUGCAAUAAUAAUUUUAUUAGCUACAUUAUUCGUAGCACAAUCAAUUGCAACAAUAUCGCCGGGCGGUGGCAAAUCGAAACAAACUAAGCAAUUUAAAGUCAAGCAAGGACCUCAAGAGUACAGUGUCUUUGAUCGUAAUCUAAUCGAUGAAGAACCAGCAGCAAGAGAUAUAAUUAUUGAAAAUGCUGGUUAUUAUAAAGAUACAUCAAUUCGAAGAUUCAAUGGAACGGUUCUUGGUUAUGUUACAGCAUGGAAUUCACAUGGUUACGAUGUGGCAAAGAUUUUUGCCAAAAAGUUCGAUAUGAUAUCGCCUGUUUGGUUUCAAAUUCUGAAAACAAACAGCGGCUAUGAACUAGCCGGCAAGCAUGACAUCGAUGCUGGAUGGAUUAAGGAUGUCCGCAAAGCUGGACGAGCUGGCAAAAAGAAUUUAAAAUUUUAUCCUCGAGUUGUCUUCGAUAAAUUCACUGAGAAAGAUUACUCCCGGUUAUUGUCCAGCUCGAUUGAAAGACGUUUGGUCAACGAAUUGAUUGUAAAAAAUUGUAUAAUCCAUCAAUUCGAUGGAAUUGUCCUUGAAAUCUGGUCCCAACUCGCUGCUCGAGUAGAUGACCAGUUUUUGUAUAAUCUUGUCAUUGAAAUGUCUAAGGAAUUCCAACAAGUCGGCUUAAAACUUAUCUUGGUUAUCCCACCAAUGCGUGAAGAAAUGCACAACUUGUUUGGUGAAAAACACUUUGAGCAUUUGUACCCGCAUGUGACAGCAUUUUCAUUGAUGACCUAUGACUUUUCUAAUGUUCAGCGACCAGGUGCUAAUGCUCCUCUACAUUGGAUACGAACUUCGAUUGAAAAUAUUGUUCCCUCAACUGCUGAACAUUUUCAAAUAAAGAGAAAGAAAAUCUUAAUGGGAUUGAAUAUGUAUGGGAAUGAUUAUACACCCGAUGGUGGUGGUCCCAUUGUUGCUGGACAAUUUCUUGAUUUGGUGAAGAAUGUUAAAAAGCGACUUACAUACGAUGAACAUGAUGUGGAGAAUUUCUUUGAAAUUAAAACAACUGAUGGACGUCAUAUAAUAUUCUAUCCAACCUUGUUCUCAAUCAAUGAACGUAUAAAACUUGCACAAGAAAUGGGUGUUGGCAUAUCGAUUUGGGAACUUGGCCAAGGAUUAGAUUAUUUCUAUGAUUUGUUUUAAAAAUCAAGAAGAAACAAAAAUUUAGUCAAACUUCAGCACAAAAAACAGCUUUAUUUUAAAUUUAGGAAAAAACAAAAAUACAAUUUCAAAAGCAAUACAAAUUUAAAUAAAAAAAAAAUAAGCAAAAUUAUUAUUAAAUCAAA